AUGGAUUCGUGCAAACGUAAAAUUGCAGAAGUACUAGAAGAUUAUACAACGGAUGCUGAAGGAACAGGAAAGGAAUUUAUCAAGAAGAUUAGACUUGGAAAGAAGGAAGAUUCGGAUGCUUCAAGUGCUGAAAUCAAAGAGUUCCGAGAGUAUUUUCAGAUUUCGCUUGGAUUGUUUGGAUUAUCAUCGGACAUUUACAAUUGCUUAGGGCAGUCUACACCAGUUUCUACAACCUCAUCAUCGACCAAGGUUAAUGAUCUCACAAAUAGCCUUAAACAUUUAUUGUCUGCUUGGGUUGAUCCCGUGAUGGGAGAAAGUCAAGAAACAAUGGAGAUAGUUAAACGUAUGACUCCAAAGGUAUACAAGAUGGAGGAGUAG